ACCCAAACGCAAGUCGAAUAUAUUAAUAUUUCAAAGAAGAAACACAACUACAGGAUACAUUCAAGAAGAUAAAAAAGACCAGCUACGAUAGUCUCAAAACUUUUUGAACAGUUUUUCUUUAAACAACACUAUCCGGAACAAAGGACUCACCGCUUCAAAGAUAAAGCUACUUUGGGGAAAAGCCUUUUUCACAACAACCUAUACUUGUAUUUUGUUGCCGUAGCCUACAAGCGUAUGUAUUUGGAUUUUACAUUUCUAUCCCGCCGCCCUACUAUGGUCAUUAUGGAGGUCCCCACUAUCGACUGUGCGUCCCUUCGUGGUUUGUUGGAGGGCGACGUCCCGGCGGGCUGCCUGGUGCUGGACUGCCGGUCCUUCCUGUCCUUUAACUCGGCCCACAUAUCGGGCUCCACCAACGUGCGCUUCAGCACCAUAGUGCGCAGGCGAGCCAGGGGGGGUCUGGGACUUGAGCACAUUGUCCCCAACGAGGACACCAGGAACCGGCUCCUGUCCGGGGGGUACCAGUCUGUCGUACUGCUUGACGACCGCAGUUUGGACUUAAACCAGGCGAAGAAAGACGGGACGUUGAUGCUUGCUGUUACGGCCCUGUGUCGCGACCCCUGUGGAUCUAGGGUUUUUAUUCUCAAAGGCGGCUUUGAUACAUUUUCCACAGAGUUUCCAGAGAUGUGUACCAAACCCUCUCCUCCACAAGGGCUUAGUUUGCCCCUGAGCUCCAACCAUCCUGGGAGUGCUGACCCAAGCUGUAGUCCAUGCAACACUCCUUUAUAUGACCAGGGUGGUCCUGUGGAGAUCUUGCCUUUCCUGUACCUUGGCAGUGCUUACCAUGCUUCGAGAAAAGACAUGCUUGAUAUGCUUGGGAUCAGCGCUCUAAUCAACGUGUCUGCCAACUGCCCCAACCAUUUUGUGGACUCCUUCCUCUACAAAAGCAUCCCUGUCGAGGACAACCAUAAAGCCAACAUCAGCUCCUGGUUCAACGAGGCAAUUGAGUUUAUCGACUCGGUGAGGAAUAAAGGUGGUCGUGUGUUUGUGCACUGUCAAGCUGGCAUCUCCCGCUCUGCCACUAUUUGCCUUGCCUACCUCAUGCGGACCAACCGCGUGAAGCUGGACGAGGCCUUUGAGUUUGUCAAGCAGCGCCGCAGCAUCAUCUCUCCCAACUUCAGCUUUAUGGGUCAGCUCCUCCAAUUUGAGUCCCAGGUCCUGGCCACAUCUAGCUGCUCGUCGGAGGCUGGCAGUCCAGCAAUCCGCAACAACAGCACAGUCUUCAAUUUCCCAGUGUCCAUCCCUGUACACACCUCUGCUGGUCAGCUCUCAUUCCUCCACAGCCCCAUCACCACCUCUCCCAGCUGCUGAGGAAGGUGUGGGGAGCACAGACUUUGUUUGGAUUGGUAACUGAAGUGACUCUACAAAGAGCACUGCACAAAACACAGUCCUGAUCAUAAUCCAUUUGAUGGUGAUACUGGUAUCACUGGACAGAAUGAGAAUUAGUAUUUGUGGUCAGUUUGUCUGACUCUGUUAGCUGCUGGCCAGAUCUCUGAAGGCGGGCCUCAUCUUUUCAAAGAGAGAUUAGAUAACUCUUACCAGGCAGUAUUCAUGUUAUACCUUCUAAAUGUGAAGCCAUCCACAGUUGACUUUGAGAAAUGGCUGAAAAGGUAGUUUAGAUUAAUCAUGGAGAGGAAAGUAUCUGAAUAUUCUUUAUUCAAAGGACUGAUUUUUAUUUUUCCAUGAAGGCAACUGCUUUUGAUAAUCAUAAUUAUUUUGAAGCAAACAUAAUGGAGAGGAUUAACAGUUGUCUCAGGAAUGUUGACUUUUCCUCUCAAAAGUCUAUUCUGCUUUCUGUACUGGUUAAAGAAAGCUAUUCAAACCCAUAGUGCAACAUGGCAUGGCAGUUACUCCUUCAUUUGACGAACAAUGAAUGUAUCCCCUUUUCAAUGUAGAUGUGACAGGAAUAUUCAUGUUCAGUUUGAGAGUCGAACGCAUUGCCAAUUCAAAUGCAAGUACCUGCGAUUCAAGACAUCAUGUAACCUUGACGAUCCUGACACAUUGGGGAAAUGGACCAUUAUUACCUCAUGUUUCUGUACUGUGUCCUACAGCGCAGAGACAGGCCGAACCCCAAAAACUACUAAAAUGGGGACACGUAGUCAUCAGUGGCUGCAUUCUGACAUAUUUAUUGAACUAAAGUAAUAUAUUUCUUUAUCAUAUCUAUUUUUGCAUAUGUUUGUUUAAAUGUUUUUAUACCGUUUAAUAAAUCUCAUUUGACUUUUGUA